CUUGCUCUGCAGACUUUGGGUUCAAUCUAUUAUUUCUGCGAUCAUGUCGACAUGGCCCAGAAGCUUGUUUCACUUGCCCGUUGUCAGUCAAGGUUUUUAUUGAAAAUGAGCCGAAGUUUUGCUCAAACUCCAUCAGAUGGAUUAAAAGUGCUGGUAUUUUCUUCAAACAACUAUCUUGGCACAACAGUUAGGGAGGCUAACCAAUGUAGAUGUUUUUCAACAAGUACAAGUGCAGGAAAAUUUGCAAAGUUUCAUUCAACUUGGAUAACAAACUGCCUUGGGCCACUUCCGCGAUGCAGACUUGCUAUCCAACAAACUGGAAACUCUAGUAGACAUUUAUUGCACGCUCAGUGGCCAAACUUGAUGAAUUGCGUCGCGGCCUCUACAACUACGACGAGAGACAGGACGAGGAAUAAAAUCAGGAAGAAACUUCCCGAACUAAACGAAACGGAUUUGGAAGAGACGUUUGUCCGAGGUUCCGGGCCUGGGGGACAGUCUACGAACAAGACUAGCAACUGUGUGGUUCUUAAACACAUUCCGACUGGUAUAACCAUCAAGUGUCACCAAACACGUUCACAGACUGAGAACCAAAAGAUAGCCAGGGAGCUGCUCAGGGAAAGACUGGACGUGCUCUAUCACGGCGAGGAGAGCGUUGUUCUCCAACAGAAGAAGGCCCAUCAGAAAAAGGUCGACGAGAAGACACGCCGGACUAAAGUGAAGCUGGAGAAACUCAAGAGGAUGAAGGAGAAGUUGAAUGAGGACGAGAUGUAAAUCAAGGAAAUGCUUCCGUGUGGAUUGAAAGAUUUAUGUCAAAAUUCAAAUUCAGCUAGUAUUUUUGUAUUUUGUUUCCAGGGUUUUGUUUCUCAUGGGGUUUUGUUUGAUGCAUACAGAUUUUGACAAUUGACCAAUGCUUGCUUCUUACUGUAUCGUGCACGAAGGCAUUUUUGGCUCCAGGUUAAAUGAGGAAUGCAGCCCCUUUAUAGUUAAAAAAAUAUUUUAUUAAUAACAGCAAUUGAUCAUUUCAUCAUGGGUACAGUAAAUAAGUUUUGGCAUCAAAAAGUAGAUACUCAUCCAAAUUCCUAUUUGAGCUGGUUUCAUAGAUAAAACACAAAUCAGCUUUUUCUUCAAAUAACUACUGGAUAUCUCUGAAAUUCUUAAGCUUGUAUUUGCCAAUUUAACAACAUUGUCGGUGUUUAAUUUUCAAUAAAUGUCCAACAUAACACACAUCUCGGCAUUUUACAAAAAACUUUUAUUAGCUAUCACAUCAUUACACCAGAAAUAACUUAAUACUGUGGACAUGUACACAGAUGUAGCAAGACUUUGAAGAUAACCACUUUAAUGGGAGACAUCACAGGUUUUUUUUCUUCGUUUUUUUUACAAACAGUUGACAAAUAGGAGCUAUUGUACAGUGAAAGCUACAAAUAUGACAUUAUUUUUACACAUGAGAUUACAAAAUUUUGCACUUGAUGGAUGCAAAUUCACAGUUUAUUCCCAUCCUAGCAAAAAAAGUAUCUUGGUCUAUAUUUAAAGGGAACCCAACCAAGGUGGUUAAAGACAUGAUCCAACAGGAUUCUAGAUAUAUUAUGGGUAAUUCAUUUCUAAUUGAGAGGGGUUAGCUCUAACAAUUUCAUUGUAGACAAAACACGGAGCUGUUUUGAGUGUUUUGUAGUUUGCACAUUUAUAUUACCAAAAGAAUUAAUCUGGCUUUAACCAUUUUUGAGAAGUUU